UCUGGACCUGCUUGUACCCAGACCUUUGGCAGUGAUCCUGUUGCCUGGAUGGUUCUGGUUAGGUGGCCCGGGACAGGGUGGCUGUGAAUCUGUAGCCCUGGAUGUUAUGAUGAUCGUUAUGGCUAAUCUGGCUGUGGCUUGGGUGGGCCCAGGUCAGGGGCUGGCUUGGCUCUGAAUUAACAAGUCUGUGGGAGGCGUUAGGACCCGCCAGGAGUCCGAACCCGGCUGCUCUGACGUUGGUCGGAACUAGCGGCUGCCGCCCGCUACUGCUGAGUAACAGGCGCUAAAUCGCCCCGGAAGCCGAGACGAAACCAGCAGGUCGGGUCGGUCUCGGAACCGGGAUUGAGACCCUCACAGGCGGCCCGGCGCAGGCUCGUCCCAGAACAAUCCGAGGAUUUCUCCGUGGUUAUAACGUAAGCACUGCACCAUGCAGCUGAUAAGACUGAGGUCUUGGGAACGUUUAUUCCCAGAGUUCUCCUUUGAGGCUAGGACUAUGUCCCUCACCAGCGAAUACUGAAGAGUUUCAGGUCCAGUAAUAUCUACCUUUACAAACAUACCGAAGGCAGUGGAGUUUCAGUGAGGCUAUGCGGACAUCUCUAAUAAGUUAGCCUUCAGCUGAUUAUGAACAAAGACAGGAAGGGCAUGGAUUGACUAUCAGUUCCCAAGGCAACCCAUUCAGUUUCACUAUGGGAGCUGUGGUGGUUGAUGAUGCUCCAUCUGGUGUCAAAGCCCCUGAUGGGGGUUGGGGCUGGGCCGUUCUCUUUGGAGGGUUUGUCAUCACUGGAUUUUCCUAUGCCUUUCCAAAGGCUGUUAGUGUCUUCUUUAAAGAGCUUAUCCGGGAGUUUGGUGUUGGAUACAGUGACACAGCAUGGAUCUCCUCCAUUCUACUAGCUAUGCUUUAUGGAACAGGUCCCCUGUGUAGCAUGUGUGUCAAUUGGUUUGGCUGUCGUCCAGUUAUGCUGGUUGGAGGGCUCUUUGCUUCGCUGGGGAUGGUGACAGCUUCCUUCUGUACCAGCAUCAUUCAGAUCUAUCUCACUGCAGGUGUCAUUACUGGUUUGGGUCUGGCACUCAACUUCCAGCCAUCGCUCAUCAUGUUAAAUCGCUACUUUGACAAACGCCGCCCUUUAGCUAAUGGGCUUGCUGCUGCUGGAAGCCCUGUGUUUCUUUGUACCCUCUCUCCACUGGGGCAAAUACUGCAACAUGAGUAUGGCUGGCGAGGGGGAUUUCUUAUACUGGGCGGAAUGCUGCUCAACUGCUGUGUUUGUGGGGCAUUAAUGAGGCCGUUGGAGCCUCCUAAGAAAUCUGAAGCUGCCAAAGAACUCACUGAGAAGAAAACAAAGAAAAAGCUUCUGGAUUUCAGUGUCUUUAAAGAUGGUGGUUUUUUAGUCUACACUGUGGCUGCCUCCAUCAUGGUGCUGGGCCUCUUUGUGCCUCCAGUCUUUGUGGUGAGCUAUGCCAAGGAUUUGGGAUAUCCAGAUACUAAAUCAGCUUUUCUUCUGAGCAUUCUUGGAUUCGUUGAUAUCUUUGCCCGGCCUAUUUGUGGAGUGAUAGCUGGUCUGAAGUGGGUCAGACCACACUGUAUUUAUCUCUUUAGUUUUGCUAUGAUUUUUAAUGGUUUUACAGAUCUCAUGGGUUCCAUGUCUACCAAUUAUGGUGGCCUGGCAGUCUUCUGCAUUUUCUUUGGCAUUUCCUAUGGAAUGGUAGGUGCUCUUCAGUUUGAAGUUCUCAUGGCUAUUGUUGGUACUCAGAAGUUUUCCAGUGCCAUUGGCUUGGUGCUUCUGGCUGAAGCUGUAGCGGUUCUAAUCGGUCCACCAUCAGCAGGCAAACUCUUGGAUGCGACAGGCAGGUAUAUGUUUGUUUUUAUUGUUGCUGGAGUUGAAGUUGUUACUUCAGCCCUUGUGAUGGCUUUAGGAAAUGUCUUCUGUGUUAAGAAAAAAUCAGAAGUGCCACAAACAAAAGAGGAGGCAGCAGAAAGAGAAGAGUUAAACAAAUCCGAAGACAAAACACAUGAAGAUACCAAGGUGGACUCUAUUGAAGUAGAACAAUUUCUGAAAGAUGAACCUGAAAAAAAUGGGGAAGUUGUAACUAACCCAGAAACAUGUGUGUGAGUGACACAGGAUGAGUGGCAAAGCAUUUAGGGAAGAGAGAGAAUUUCAACACUAAUUUAGAAACGGAACUAGUUUAGGGCUGGGCCAUCUGCUUGACCAACUGGGGGCCAAUCAGCUAAUCAAAUCACUGUUUGGAAGCUUUAUUAGGAAUCCUUUUCACCUAAAACUGGAUUUAUCAGUGAGACGUGGAGCUCUGUGUUUGUAACAUUUUAAGUAAACUAAGCAGCCUUUGUAACCAAAUAUAGAAAUCCCACUAUGCAUCACCAGAAGAGUCUCACUUGGAAGAAAAUAUAUUUGAAUUAGAGAGGAAUGAUAUGUACAUUUUCAUUCAAUAUGGGUGAAAUUGUUUGUGUGUAUGUGUGGUAAAAUUAAACAUAACUUCCCUUUCUUUGUUCUUUUUCAAGGAGAAAGAAUGAGAUGAGGGAAAAAAAUCUCAGGAACUUAACUGGUCUCCAGAAGGUUUUUGAAACAUCUUACUUUUACAGUUAUUUUUAGAUUAUUUUUUUUUUGGCUCAGCCCUAAUCUAAGUUGGAUAAUAAGAAUAGUAUCUAUU